CAUGUCGUACACUUUCUUCAGAAUGCUUUUCAAAAUGAUUUUUGGGGAAACAACUUGACAUCAAAAGAUUCACAUAAAAGUUAUCGACCAUUGACAACUUUAACAUUUGCUAUUCAACAUCAUCUUGAAGGUAUCUUCAAUAGUCAAUCGAUGAAAACAGUGAAUCUCGUUAUCCACAUAAUCAACUGUUGUUUGAUGCUUCAUUUUCUUAAAGCAAUAAUUGCUGAUAGAAAACUUCGUUUCUUGUCCGUCUUGAUAUUUUCCCUUCAUCCUAUUCAUGUUGAAGCUGUGAGCGGAAUCGUCAGUCGAUCAGAUCUGAUGGCAUGCUUCAUAUUUCUGCUAAGCGGAAUUCUUUACUUUAAUGUCUUUUAUAAAGACUCAAACUCGUUUAACAUAACUCAUGUCUGUUAUCUGCUGUGUGUUGGAGCAUUGGCCGCAAUAGGUAUUCUCUUCAAAGAGAAUACAAUCACAAUAAUGCCGAUGCUUGCGACGAUAGACUUCAUAAGAAACUUCAAAAAACUCAAGCAAUUUCUUCCAAAAGCUUUAGUAUUAAGAUUAAUAAUAUUAGUAGUUUUAACUCUUGUAAUACUCGUAACACGUUUAAAGAUACAAAAUUUCGAAACACCGACUUUUAGAAGAGAAGACAAUCCUAUUGCUUUUGCUGAUGAUUCAACGACAAGAAUUUUGACGCAAAAUUAUCUUUAUGCUCUUAACUUUUAUCUUCUCCUGGUUCCUGAUUGGUUGUGCUUUGAUUGGAGUUUUGAUUCUAUCGAUUUGAUUCAUAAGUUCAACGAUUCGAGGAUUAUCUUUAUUGUGAUAUUUCAUGUUUUCUUAGCGACGAUCGUAUUUGCAGGAUUUAAGCGAAAAAAAAUUCUCAUUGCAUUGUCGCUUAUGGUUGUACCGUUCUUGCCAGCUACAGGAAUAAUUAAAGUUGGAUUCGUGGUAGCUGAAAGAAUUCUUUAUAUUCCCUCCAUCGGAUUUUGUCUUCUUAUUGCCAUCGGAUUGAGAGAUUUAUUGAAAAAAUUUUCAUCACAAAAAUAUUUUAUUUAUACAAUUUUCUUCAUCUUCCUUGCUUUCCAUGGGCUCAAAACGUAUCAUCGAGCAAUGGAGUGGACAAAUGAACACAAAUUAUUCUAUUCAGCUCUUAAAGUUGUACCGAAAAACGCAAAAGUUUAUUAUAAUGUUGCAAGAAUCUCAUCUGAAGUUCAAGAUAUCGAAACAUCAUUGAAAUUUUACAGAAAAGCAAUUCAACUCCAUCCAAAUUAUGAGUCAGCUCACAUGAAUUUAGGAAAUCUGUAUCGAGAGCUUCAUGAAUAUGAAAAAGCGAAAUUUCACUUAAAACGAGCUGUUGGAAUUCUUGAAGAAUUCCCAACAGCAUGGAUGAAUCUUGGAAUUGUUCAAGCUGUGUUGAAAGAACAUCAGGAAGCAGAAGAAAGUUACUUCAAAGCAUUGUCAUAUCGAAAGAAUUACGCAAAUUGUUACUACAAUUUAGGCAAUUUAUACAUCGACACAAAGAACUUUUCAUCAGCAAUCUCAAGUUGGAAACGUGCAAUAUCAAUAAAUCCAAAUCAUAAGAAAGCGUGGUCAAAUAUUCUCGCUUAUUACGACAAUCAACUGAAUAAUCAUGACGAUGUUUUAAAAUAUUCUGAAAUUGCUUUGAAUUAUCUGCCCAAUGAUGCGAACAUUCUUUUCUCACGAGCCAACACAUUUGGAAAACUUUCACGUUUCAAUGAAGCUGAAGCGAUCUUCAAACAAAUCAUUGAAGCUGAACCGAAAAAGUCAAUUUUCUAUGCUAAUCUUGGUGUUCUUUAUCAUCGAUGGGGAAAGAAGGAAUUGGCGAAGAAAAAUUACAAAAUCGCUUUGUCUCUCGACGCUAAUUUAAAGAAUGCACAAACAAAUCUCAUAAAACUGCAAGGACUUUCUUAA